AUCGAGCGGCUGGAAGUCAGCAGCUUGGCACAGACCUCCAGUGCCGUGGCCUCCAGCACUGAUGGCAGCAUCAACACCGACUCUGUGGACGGGACCCCAGACCCACAGCGCACCAAAGUGGCCAUCACACACCUGCAGCAGAAGAUCCUGAAGCUGACAGAGCAGAUCAAAAUCGAGCAAACGGCCCGCGACGACAACGUGGCAGAGUACCUGAAAUUGGCCAACAACGCAGACAAGCAGCAGAGCGCCCGCAUCAAGCAAGUGUUUGAGAAGAAAAAUCAAAAGUCAGCCCAGACCAUCUUGCAGCUGCAGAAGAAACUAGAACAUUACCAUCGAAAGCUGCGCGAGAUCGAACAGAAUGGGAUCCCUCGGCAGCCGAAGGAUGUCUUCAGGGAUAUGCAUCAGGGUUUGAAAGAUGUGGGAGCAAAAGUCACUGGCUUCAGUGAGGGAGUGGUAGACAGUGUAAAAGGUGGGCUCUCCAGUUUCUCCCAGGCCACGCAUUCAGCAGCAGGGGCUGUGGUGUCCAAACCCCGGGAAAUUGCCUCCCUCAUAAGGAACAAGUUUGGGAGUGCAGACAACAUUGCUAAUCUGAAAGACUCCUUAGAAGAAGGCCAGGAUGAUGGGACAGGCAAAGGUCUAGGUGUUAUUCAGAACUUUCAGUCAAGCCCAAAAUAUGGCAGUGAAGAGGACUGCUCCAGUGCCACAUCGGGCUCAGUGGGAGCCAACAGCACAACGGGAGGCCCUGUGGGAGCUUCCAGCUCCAAAACAAACACUCUGGAUAUGCAGAGCUCAGGGUUUGAUGCAAUACUGCAUGAGAUUCAAGAAAUUCGAGAGACGCAGGCAAGACUGGAAGAAUCCUUUGAGGACCUUAAGGUUCGCUACCAGAGGGAUUACACGUUGAUCAUGCAGACCCUGCAGGAGGAGAGGUACAGAUGUGAAAGACUCGAAGAGCAGUUAAAUGACCUGACUGAGCUCCACCAGAACGAGAUCCUCAAUCUAAAACAGGAGCUGGCCAGCAUGGAGGAGAAGAUUGCCUAUCAGUCUUACGAGCGAGCCCGGGACAUCCAGGAGGCCCUGGAAGCCUGCCAGACCCGCAUCUCCAAGAUGGAGCUGCAGCAGCAGCAGCAGCAAGUGGUACAGCUGGAGGGGCUGGAGAACGCCACGGCCAGGAACCUGCUGGGGAAGUUCAUCAACAUCCUCCUGGCUGUCAUGGCUGUCCUGCUCGUCUUCGUCUCCACCGUGGCCAACUGCGUCGUGCCCCUGAUGAAGACUCGCAAUAGGACGUUCAGCACUUUAUUUCUCGUGGUUUUCAUUGCCUUUUUGUGGAAGCACUGGGACGCCAUCAGCGGCUACUUGGAACGGUUCUUGUCCCCCCCCAGAUGAUGGUGG